CGCUUUGUGGGCGGGGCUACGGCUCGUGAGCGGAAUCCUGACUGGUUCAUUCUCCCCCGAACUUCCUGGACGCCGUACGUGCCAGAUGGCGUCACCUGGAGCUUAAGAAGCUGCACGCAAGUAUUGAAUUCCUAACAAUGGCCAAAAACAAAUUAAGAGGGCCGAAGUCCAGGAAUGUAUUUCACAUAGCCAGCCAAAAAAACUUUAAGGCUAAAAACAAAGCAAAACCAGUUACCACUAAUCUUAAGAAGAUAAACAUUAUGAAUGAAGAAAAAAUUAACAGAGUAAAUAAAGCUUUUGUAGAUGUACAAAAGGAACUUGCACAUUUCUCAAAAGGUCUUUCACUUGAACCUCUGCAGAAAGAACUGAUUCCUCAGCAGCGUCAUGAAAGCAAACCAGUUAAUGUUGAUGAAGCUACAAAAUUAAUGGCUCAGUUGUAAAACAGUAGUGAUUCCCCACAAAGACCAAUAAAUUAAAUGUUUUAUACAAUUUUA